AUGGCGAAAGCUCGUGAGCCCGUCUCCUCUUCUGGCGAGGAGGAAACCGAAAAUUCUUCGUCUGAGGAAAUCGGAUCUGAGCCCGAACAGAUCCGGAAGACUUCCCCACCGCCGGCCGCCGCGAGGAAACCCCAAACCCCUUCGGCCAUAAUACCCGCCCCAUCCGACGAGGAUUCUGAAUCCGAAUCCGACAGGAAAGCCAGAAAUAAUUCCAAGGCGAAGAAGUCGAGGGCCAGAUCUACCAGGAAGAGGGCCGUCGAGGAGGUUAAGGGGACGGAGUCCACUGUUACUAAGAAGUCGAAGAAGAGUAAGAAGGCUGAACCCGAGAAGAAACAAAUGUUCCAGAGGAUUUGGAGCGAGGCGGACCAAAUCACCAUCCUCAACGCCAUUCUGCAGUUCAGGGCCGAGAAGAAAUCGGACCUGAAUGAAAAUUUUGACGCUUUUUUUGAGUUUAUCAAGAAGAAUUUGCAAAUUGAGGCGACGAGGGCCCAGCUGAGGGGUAAGAUUUCUAGGAUGAAAAAGAAGUAUACAAACUACAAAAGAAAGGAGCAUGAUGGUAAAGGAAGAACCUUUACGAGCCAGCAUGAGCGGGAAGCCUACGAUCUGUCGGAGAAAGUGUGGGGUGCUGAGAAAGAAAAUGCCAAUGGAAGUGGGGCCGAGAAAGAAAACGGCAAUGGAAGUGGGUCCGAGAAAGAAAACCCCAAUGGAAGUGGGUCCGAGAAAGAAAACGCAGCUGGUGAGAAAGAAAACAUGGUCGAAAAAGGCAAUGGAAGUGGUAGUGAGAGGAGGUUUGUGUGGAUGAGUGAAAGCUUGUUGAGGGGUUUAGGCGAUGUUCCAGCUGUUGAGGACAAGGAGGGGCAAAUGGGGAAUAAGGAGGACGAUGAGGCAUUGGAGAAUCUGGAGAUUGAAGAGAUGAAGAUGUACCUGAAGCAUUUUGAGUUGAAGGCUCAAAAGGCACAGCUUUUUCUGCAGAUGAUGAUCAAGUCCCGGGGCCAUUGA